UAGUGGGUGGCGACUUAACCUCACAUCGCGCCAUGUAUCGGACUGUUUUCCGUGGAGUUUCCUUUUGCCGAUUUGUGUGGUUCACCCGGCACCAGCGAGGAUUUUGCAGCCCAAAAGUCCCCGAAGAGGUGGGGAAGCAAGUGCAGAACGCCCUGCCAGGUGCUGUGUCGCGUCGUUAUCAGAUCUUCGAUGAGAGUCAAUCGACAAAGAUAUUCGAUGUUGAUGAGGAGCGCGCCAGGAUUCAGGAAGAGGAGGAGGAAAUAGAGAUCACCGGACCAGAUCCCUACGAGGGAAUAAAUCUAGAGAGAGGUAAAACUGGGGUGUUUGAGAUUGAAGAUCUCGUGGAACUUCUGCGGCGCGAGAAGGGUCAGGAUGUGUUUGUCGUCCGGGUGCCGCCAAAGUUCAAGUACGUGGACUACCUCUGCUUCACCACGGGUCUCAGUGCGCGGCACAUGAAGGGCCUGGCGGAGUUUGUACGGAAAGUGUAUAAGAUGAAGCGUUCGCCGGGCGACCAGAUCCCGAAAAUCGAGGGAGAGAACUCCAGAGACUGGAUAGCGAUGGACAUGGGCAACAUUGCGGUGCACAUCUUCUCGGCGGAGGCGCGCAAACUGUACGACUUGGAGUCUCUGUGGGCAGUCGGGCCGGACUUCGAUCCGGAGUGCAACAAGCCCGUGGAUCCACUGCUGGCGAUGCUGGAGCAGCACUCGAGUCGCUCGGACGGCGUCAGCAAGUGAUGAUUUCCUUGGAAACACACUUCCCCGUGGGAAAUGUCACGGUCUCGAGAGUGACUUCCUUAUUUUGUGACCAAAAUGCACCCAUUAAAGCUGAUGAUUAGAGAUUAUAGAGAGAGAGAUG